CAUCUAAUGACGUUAGAUGUAACAUCACGGUAAAAACUAAAGUAGCAAGUUAAUGAGUACAAUUCAACGAGUAAAGCGUGCAGAUACGGGAAAGAAAGACAGAGAGAGACAGAAGAGAAGAUGGCCUCAGAAGGCCAGAGUAGAGGGAGGCAGGCAUGUGGCCGGCGGAUCCGUGCCUGGUUCCUGGCCUGCAUUGUGUGUGCCAGCUGCAGGGACACAGCACCGCUGGAGACCGCUGAGGAGAGGAGGGCACGGAGGAGAGCAGAGAAGGAGCGCAGAAGGCAGCAGCGCAGGGACAGGUGCAGUAGGCUGCUGCCUGAUUGUCUCUCCUUCUUCCGCAGACGCCGCCCUUCCACCACCACCACCUCCAACUCAGCAGCAGCACCUGAGGACGAUGAGGAGGUGCACCCUAGCGAGGUGUGCACCUACCCAGGGUACGUGGACCUUGAUGGGAUGCUGAACGCGGCCAACAGCGCCUGGGAUCCCAUGCCCCUGAAACCCUACCGUGCCAUUAGUGUGGUGAAGAUCAAAGAGCCUCGGCGGCAGGACGGCUCCCUGGUCUACACCACCAAGGCCAGCGUGUGGAGAGCUAGACCACUCCUGCAAUGGGAGAAGGUGCCACUGCGACCAGUCCUGGUGCCAACACCACCCCCACCCCCACCGCCACUACUGGUGUCCCCACCGCCACUGCUGGUGUCCCCUCCGCCCCCUCCACCCUCACUGGCCCCGCUGUCCCCACUGCCACUUGUCCCCACCGCCACUGAAACUCAGGCCGUUGGGUUGCAUCGUCGGGCGUGGGGAGGUGUCUGUCGGGUGUGGGGAGGUGUCUGUUGGCUCAAGGUUCUCUUGUGCGGAUAUUUUUGCUAUCACUUCAAAGAGUGGGUAAAGAAUAAGAUAUUCGACUUCGGCUGCAGACGGCUGGGGGCCAAUGAGUUCUUUGCAGAGAAGGUGGACUUCAUCAGGAGCUGGCUGUGUCACUGGUUGCCAGGCAACAUCACAGAGACAUUUCAGAUGUGUUGACGUCAGUGAUAUUGAGUGGGGCGUAACUGGACAACAGGUAGGGGCUGUCAUUUUUUGAAUUUGUCAAUUUGGGUAAAUGUGGACCGGCUAGGUCUUGAAGGAGAAGACGAAACUUUUGUUUAUUUUGUUUAGCCUUUAUUUUUUUGGGGAUAGGCAAUAGAGGAGAGACAGGAAGCAAAGUUGUAAAGAGAGAUGGGGAAGAUUCGGCAGAUGAUCCGGGCUGGAAUGGAACCCGUGUCGCUGGGGCAGCAGUCCAGUGCCCAGCCUGGCCGGGUGACUACAAUAAGUGGGGGCUGUAAUAAUAAAAUGGGACUCUUACAAGGCAUGCACCUGAACACACCUGAAGAUGAUAAUCGAGUGCAGGUGAGGUUGAGCGAAGUGAUGGGUGCACACACACGGGUUGGCAGAGGAGAUUCAUGAAGCAACAGAGACUGACAGGAGGACACACCAGGAGAGAGCGACGGAGAGAAGAAUGCUUCCCUGAGGGGGGAGAGAGGCGAGAGUGGCCGGGAAUCGAACCCGGGUCGCCGGCACAGCACUUCAGUGCCCAGCUGCUAGAGCCACGACCGGGUCGAGAAGACGAAACUCUAAACAGACAGAGCGGCAUAAAACUGAAAUUGGAACUGGUGGCAGAGUAAAUAAACUUUCAUAAGAGCUUUAUAUAAAUAAAGUCUAUUUCAAAUAAA